CAAACUGAGAUCGGUUGCGGCCUGGCUGUUCAUUUCACAUUUUUUACCACUAAACAUUGAACAUAUUUUAACAUGUUGAUUGCUUGCAUUUUAAGUUAAUUACUAAAUAUUUGUCUUUUUCUCUUGUAGUUUAUUAUACUGUUCAUAGUGUAUUCAAAUUGUCACCUCUGAUUGCCAUAUUCUUCAUCGCCAUUAUUGCAUUCGAAAAUCGUAUCCAGGAGAUACAAUCCUCAGAUUUAAGGACGGGAAGUACCAACUGAAGGUUGGAGGGUUGAUGGCGUCCGGCUUGGCGUUGGAGGACCGUGGGGGAGACGAGGAGGGAAGAAACGUCCUCCAAACUCUCGCCUCAAUCAAGUCGCAGAUAUCCUCGGUUCUUGGCCUGCUCCAAACGGCACACGUGUCUGCGGAAGGUGCAGCAGCAGCAGCAGAAAUGUCAUCACCAUCCGCUACAGUGGCAACAACACUCCCUGUCGACGAGAGUGAGGCGAUUUCUCGAGAUGAUGUCAAGGCACAGAGAGAGGCAAAGAAAGCGGCGAAGGCUGCUCGAAAGAAUAAAAGCUUGGGUGGCGAAUCCGUGACGGCAGAUGGAAAUAAGACAAUUUCGACGCCGAAGAAUAAUGCUCCCAAAGAAAAGAAAGAAAAAGUCUCAAACCCUGUAGGAGGUCCGAAGGUGCAUAAGGAACAAAAUCUAUCAAAACCGGAUAGUAAUAAGCCGAGUAAAUGUGAAGAUAAAGCAGAGGAGGUGUCCCAAGAGAAAAACCCACCUGCAAAACCCACAAACACUCCAGCUAAAAUCAAGGAAUCUAUUGAAGCCGUCCCUGAACCUGAAGUUGUUAACGCCAAGUCAUCCGCCACCAUAGAACCUGCACCCAAACCACGCCCCACUUUUGAAUCCCUCGUCGAAAAAGUUCACCCUAAAUUCCGCGAACUUGGUCUUAAAUACUCAAACUAUAUCCUUCGUGGUUCCAAUCAAAGAACUAUCGCCCUUCUCUCCACCACAAAGUCGUACAUUUUAGGAUAUCGUACACCAGAGGGAAAAGGAUUCAAGCAGGAUCUUUCAUCUCAGCUCCAAUUUUAUUACGAGAAGCUCAAGCUUUAUCGGCCAUAUGCUGUUGGGAUGACCACAGCGGUGGAAGGAGUGAAUGCUGCCAUUCGUGCAUUAGAAGAAGGCAUGUCUGAUCCGCAAUAUAAAGAGGAACUCGAAGAGUGGGUCGAUCGCUUCAUUGAAGAGAAAAUAACAAAAGCGGUGGAAGCCAUUGCAGAAAAGGGCGCAGAAAAAAUUCGGGAAGGGGACACCAUCCUCACAUUUUCGCUCACAGACGCAAUUUAUGAAACAUUCAAACUUGCUGGAGAAUCCGGAACGCGAUUCAAUCUUGUUCUCGCCAUCACCAAGUCAGAUCACUACCUUGCUGAGUACACCCAACUCAAGCAAGCCAUGGGCGGAGACGUAUUGAAAAGCCAAGUGAACAUCAGUUGUAUCAAUCUCUCGUCCAUUAUGUCGUUUAUUUCUUCGGUAGAUAAAGUAUUUUUAGGUGGACAUGCUCUGUUUACAACUGGGGGAGUUAUGGCACAUGCGGGGGCCAGUACCGUAGCCCUUUGUGCGAGCCAUCACAAUAUCCCCGUAAUCUUCUUUUGCGAAACUUAUAAGUUUUGUGACAAAUCCCCAACGGAUGCAUUCUACUCUGAUGUAUUCCCUGAAAAUAAAUUUGGUCUUGCCGUUGAUAAGGAAGUUGGGGUAGAGGAUGACGAAGGUUUAACUGUAGCUCGGAUUUGUUACGAUGUGACUCCGGUAGACUUGGUUACUUGUGUGAUAACGGAUAUUGAUAUGUUGCCGAGUUCUAGUGUGCCGGUAGUGUUAAGGGUGCAGGAAAGUAGACCCUUAACCAAAUGUUUGUGACCAUUUUAAUUGUAAACGUUUACUAUUAAACAUACUGUAUUCUAUACCAUGUCAAAAAAUAUUAAUAAAAUUUGUUUUACAUAUA